AUGAAAACCCCUGCUCAUCAAUGGAUACAACCCACCUCAUCAAUCGUGAACAUACAACACAAUCUGUCUCAAUCAUCGCCUUCCAACAUCCAAAGCACAUCAUUGUCACCGCUGCCCACCACAUCAUCGCCGCCCAGUCCACCUUUUCUGAUCAUUCCGACACAUACCCCAUCAAUAGAUCCAUGCGACGUAAACACCAGCCAAACUCCAAGAUCUCAACCAUCCAGUCCACCAAACGAAGCCAAUCCAAACAGCCAAGAAACCGCCUAUAGAUCCAUGCUCAACAUUCCUUUUCUGACGACGACCAUCUCCAACAUCCUGAAAAAAUACUUCAAAAACAUAAAAAUAGCCAGACGAAAUUUCAAAACAACAAAAUCCCUGCUGAAACCAGUUAAAGAUCCAGUGCUUCCAUAUGACCAACACAACGUCAUAUACAACAUUCCAUGUAACGAUUGCGAUCAAGUUUAUAUUGGUAUGACCACCAACAAUUUAAAAAAACGUAUCAGUGGACACAGAUCCGACAUAAACAAGAUUAGCAAAAGUCCAGAAAAUAACAUACACGCCAAAACAGCCCUCAUCCAACAUAUGAUAAACAAUCAACACACCUUCGAUCUAGACAACACACAAAUAAUAGAUCGUACAUUUCGACAAACAGCCCUACCAAUAUUAGAAAUGUGUCAUAUUCAAAACACACCUAAUACAGUAAACUACCGUACUGAUGUGGAGGGUCUGAAUAUAACAUACGCAGGUAUACUCCACACCGUUAAAGCCAAUUCCUCUCGCAGAGGAAUUGCUCACCACCACACUAGAUCAGAAAGUGUAAAUGAGUCUGAACAGAUGAGAAUUUUAUAGCAUCCGACACCGCCAUCUCUAAACCAACCAUUGAACAUUGUCUAUUCCUGUCUAUUAUUGUAGUGCAAGUCGUGUGCAAUAGCAGUGUCUACCAAAGUCCCUACGCUCACACUAAAUGUUUAAACUGUAAGACAAUUUUUAUGUGAAUUAUGUUAUGGCCGUAUUAUGUUUUUAUGUGUUACAAUUUGUAGGAUUACGAGAAGCCCUCCCUAUGUAAAAAACGGCAAACUUAAAAACGAAAAACGGUAGACUGUGUAGGUUAUAUUUUACUAUGUUUUAUGUAUUAUGUUGUGUACCUCCUAAAGUCCAUGUUCUUAUUUUAGUUCACCCUUGAAAAAGGCCAAAAAUACAGGCCGAAACGUCGGGCAAAACAAAACGAAUCGUUUUGACUAAA